GAGAGAGAGAGAGAGAGAGAGGCGCAGGUUACGGCGCACGUUAAUGAUCCUCAUAGCUCUGCUAAUUCGCGUUGAAAGGCAUGUACAUUGACAGAAUCCACGACGUUGAUGACCUCAGCGACACCGUAAUCUCCCCGGAUCGGAGCGCUGGAUUCCACAUUUUCUUUUUUGAACUCGGAUAGCCUAAUUUGUUCGAAAACGGUUAACAUUCGGCUAAUUUAUCUGAAAAUUCUCAAAGUGUAGGUUAGCUCAAUCGCCAUUGCGUAAAUCCGCGCUUAUCUGGGUUUCAAAUGGUGUUUUCAUGUCGAAAAUGCGCGAAAAUCCAAGAGUUUAAAGAAUUCGAUGGUGUUUAUGUGUUUUUAGGGUGCAUUCUGGAAAGCGUCUUGAGCUGUUUUGGAGCUCGGAAUAUCGUAGAAGCUCUGCAUUUGUGGUUUGGUUUGUGGUUGUUGUGGGACUUCUAAGCCUUUAGGCAGAGUUCACGGGCUGCGAUAUCCGGUUUUGAGACCAAUUUUCGGUUAUUUGUGUAGUGCGCUCGUACAUGGGACGAAGUCGCAAAGCGACUUAUCGUGUUCGAAAUAUUUGGGACUGCUGUUGAAAUGGGCAUUAGGUCUGUAACUCGGCAGCACCUGGAAUUGCAACUUGAAUGGCUGAUACACAGAGAGGUGGUCUCGCCGAGAAGGACGUCGAGCAGGCCAUUGCAGCACUUAAAAAAGGGGCACGCCUACUAAAGUAUGGACGCAGGGGGAAGCCAAAAUUCUGCCCAUUUCAGCUUUCUGAUGAUGAAUCUAUAUUGAUGUGGUACUCUGGAAAAGAAGAGAAACAACUUAAACUAAGUCAUGUUUCAAGGAUUAUUCCUGGACAGCGUACUGCAAUCUUUCAGCGGUAUCCUCAGCCUGAGAAGGAAUAUCAAUCAUUUUCACUUAUAUGCAAUGAUAGGUCCUUGGAUUUGAUUUGUAAAGACAAGGACGAAGCUGAAGUAUGGUUUGUUGGUUUUAAGGCAUUGAUUACUCGAGGGAACUACCAAAAACGGAGAAGCGAUUCAAGAUGUGACAGUGUAUCAUCAGAUAGUCCACAUGCUCGUACAGAAAGAAAUUCUCCAUCUAUUGCACCAUUUGAUUCAGGAGAUAAUGAAGGGGUUCCUUCUGAGAAUUUUCCACAAACUACAUUGGGAAAGGCAUUCGGUGACAUAAUAUCAUAUACUGCAGCCACUAAGGAAUACUAUCGACAUGAAUCAUUUGCCAAAUCCACAUUUUUAUUGGCAUCUGUAGACAACUCAAAUGGUCAAAGCUCAGUAGCAGAGACAUCUCGAGCUAGUUUAUCUAGUGUUGUGAGCUCAUCGAGCCAUGGAUCUGGUUAUAAUGAUUUAGGUGCCUCAGGUGAUGUUUUCAUUUGGGGAGAAGGUGUUGCUAAUGGAAUGCUCGGCGGUGGUGUGCAUAGAGUUGGGAGUUCAUAUAGUUGCAUGAUGGAUGCCCUUCUCCCCAAGGCAUUGGAAUCAAGAGUAGUUCUAGAUGUUCAUAAUAUUGCUUGUGGUGGCAGACAUGCUGUGCUAGUCACAAAACAAGGGGAGAUCUUUAGCUGGGGAGAGGAGUCAGGGGGCAGGCUUGGGCAUGGUUUAGAAGCAGAUGUUUCCCACCCAAAGCUCAUUGAUGCUCUUAAUGGCGUGAACAUUGAAUUUGUAGCAUGUGGGGAGUAUCACACUUGUGCUGUCACAAUUUCGGGGGAACUUUAUACAUGGGGUGAUGGUACUUGCAACUCUGGUCUGCUUGGGCUUGGGAGUGAAGUUAGUCAUUGGAUUCCUAAAAAAGUAAGUGGUCUCAUGGAUGAUAUACAUGUAUCACAUAUCGCUUGUGGACCUUGGCAUACAGCUUUUGUGACAUCAGCUGGCCAGUUGUUUACAUUUGGAGAUGGAUCUUUUGGUUCCCUAGGCCAUGGAGAUCAAAGUAGCACAAGUAUUCCCCGGGAAGUGGAAACUUUGAAAGGACAACGAAGUACUAAGGUUGCUUGUGGUGUUUGGCACACUGCUGCGGUUGUUGAACUGAAGAAUAAGUCAUCCGUUUCUGAAUGUUCUGGUCACUCUUCAUUUGGAAAGCUGUUCACCUGGGGGGAUGGAGAUAAAGGUCGACUUGGACAUGGUGACGAAGAACCUAGACUACUUCCUGAGUGUGUAACUGCAUUAGCUAAUGAAAGUAUCAGUCAAGUAGCCUGUGGUCAUAAUCUCACAGUUGUUCUGACAACCUCAGGACAAGUAUUCACAAUGGGUAGUAGUGCAUAUGGACAGCUGGGAAGUCCAGUAGCUGAUGGAAAAGCUCCCAGUCGCAUAGAAGGUAAAAUUGCUGAUAGUUUUAUUGAUGAGAUUGCCUGUGGUUCAUAUCAUGUUGCAGUUCUGACUUCUGAAACAGAGGUUUAUACUUGGGGAAAAGGAUCAAAUGGACAAUUAGGCCACGGUGACUAUGAUCAUAGAAAUACACCUACACUUGUCCAUUAUUUAAAGGAUAAGCAAGUAAAGAGUGUAGUGUGUGGUUCAAACUUUACAGCUGUUGUAUGUCUUCAUAAAUGGGUAUCUCGUGCUGACCAUUCUGUAUGCUCUGGUUGUCAUAAUGCUUUUGGCUUCAGAAGAAAACGUCACAACUGUUAUAAUUGUGGGUUAGUCUUUUGCAAAGCAUGCAGUAGCAGGAAAUCUUUGAAAGCUUCUUUAGCUCCUAAUAUGAACAAGCCAUAUCGAGUGUGUGAUGUUUGUUAUACAAAACUGAAGGCCAUGGAAUCUGGUUUUCCUCGGCAAACUCCUAAAGCCAAAAGUGCAAAUAUGUCUCUUAGAUAUAAUGAAAUGGACGAUAAAGAGAGUCAUGGUCCUAAACUACCGUCAAAACUCUCCAAAAGGUCAUCUUUUGGCUCAGGCAUUCAAUGGGAAAGUAAGAAUUCAAAGCCCAACAUGAAAGUGGAAUUGCAUGAUAGCCGUGUCUUCCCCACUCUGAAUGGAAAACUUCUGUUCGGUGGCAUGUGCUCUUCAAAAGCAUCACAUUCUCUUGUUGGAACUUCAAAGGGAGUGUUAUCAGUUUCCCUCCCUGACUCCGGAGAAGCCGGCACAGCUUCUCAAUCAACAUCUCCUGUUUCAGAAAACUCAAGCCCAGCUAGGUUUUCUGAAGAAAUUAUUGGCUAUUCCAAAAAUAGAAAUGAUAUUUUAAGUCAAGAAAUCAUCUUAAGGGCCCAGGUGGAAGAUCUUACGAGCAAAUCCCAACACCUUAAAGCUGAGCUUGAUAGAACAAUAAAACAGUUGAAAGAGGUCACUGCCAUUGCAGUAAAUGAAGCUGAAAAAUGCAAAUCUGCGAAUGAUGUUGUUGAGUCUCUUACUGCUCAGUUGAAGGAAGUGGCUGAAAGACGGAUGGAAGAAUUUUUUACUUGUGUUAAUUCUGGCUCCAUUAUUGCUGGAAACACCUCCAAUAUUCUAAACCAGCUCUCCAAUGUGCACCAUAAUGCAAACAGAGCCACUCCAGAGAGCAAUUCAAAUGGCAACUUGACAAACCGAACCUUUCCUACCGCAAGCAAGCCAGCUACUGAAAGAAAAGAGUGGGUGUUACAUGAUCAACCAGGGGUGUACAUAACUUUGUCCUCCUCAGGCGGGGGUACUGAACUGAAACGCGUUCGCUUCAGCCGGAAACAUUUCACAGCAGAACAAGCCGAGAAGUGGUGGGCCGAAAACGGGGCCAGAGUAUGUGAGCAAGUCAAUGCUCGUAGUUCAGAGUAAAAAGCAGAAGGCAAUAUAGCAUUCUCUGGAAGAAAAUCAAGCAUCAAGCACCAUACAUUAUCUUGCUUAUCAAAAAAAGAAAGAAGAUAAAGCAUCAUACAACUGUUUUCCAUGACCCUCUUCAGUGGAGUUUCAUCAAGGAACCAGGGUCGGAACCAGGUAGAGUAAUGAGACAUUAGGAAAUUCGGAACGUAGAAAAGAAAGUUUUACAAGAGAUAGAACAAACAGAAAAAUGAAAAUGAAUAUUGGGAAUUCAGAAUCUGGAGUUCUCAUUAAUCCUGGGGCCCUUAACCCUCUAGUUUUUUUUUUUUUAACAACCUUAACCCUCCAGUUAAGGAAUGUUGCAUUCUAUUGUAUAAUUUUUGU